AUGAAUCGUGAACAUGCCUUACAAAUACUACUUAACCUACAAGUUCAGAUGACAGCUCUAUUAUGUAUCGCCCUGAUAUUACUCAAUUUAACUUCAAGUUUCGCAAUAUACAAUGGCGAGUCAUGCGACCCAAGAAAUUACACCUUUCUGGUACAACUAGUUGGACAUAGGAAGAAUAAUUCUACCGUGAAAUGCAGUGGUACAUUGAUCAGAUUAGAUACAGUUCUUACAGCAGCCCACUGCGUCUUGAAUUUCAAGAGGAGCAUUUUCGCUGAGCCAAAAGUUGUCCUGCAUACUGAAAAAGGAAAAGUUGCAGUAGGCACCAAAGAAAUCCACAUCCACGCCAAAUAUGACAAAGAAAACCUUCAAUACGAUGUUGCCAUUUUAAGACUCGAAGAAGCUUUUGCUUCUUCAGAAGCCUCUACCAUAACCCUACCAAAGACACAUUCACCCAAAAACUUAGAGAGGUGCUCCAAAGGAAGGUUCUUAGGUUGGGGUAGAACCAAAUUCCUUGGCAUUGGACAAACUUCUGAGCCUUCCAAAGAAUCCUUGCACUGCAUCGAGCUUCCAGUAAUAUCGAAUGAAGAUUGCAGUAUCUUGAGGAGUCUGGAUAAGAUAGAAACAUUCUUCUGUACAUUUUCUGGGUUUCAUACUGCUGGAGGUGGGUGUAUUGGAGAUUCUGGGGGGCCUUUUAUAUGUGAAGGUGUACAGUAUGGUAUUGCAUCGGUAAAUUUUGGUUGUGGGAUAAGAGGUGAACCAACUUACUUUACAAGGAUCGACAAAGCUUUCGGUUUUAUAGACAGGCAUGUUAGAAGUUACGCUGUUUCUGGAAUGACGAAUGGAGUGACAGGAUUUGUAGUUUAUUCGUUGAUUUUUAUACAUUGCAAUUGGAGUUUUCAAUAA